AUCUUACUGUGCACACAAGGUUAGUGUUGUGUAACUAAAAAGAAGUGUGAAGAAUCAUUCCAGAGAGAAUUUGCGAGGAGCAUAGAUGGAGAAAGGUCAACCCCAUUCCCAUCCCCAUCGAAGAAGGUAGAGCAAGAACAAUAAGCACCCACUCCUCUUCUUCUUCUUCUUCUUCUUCUUCUUCUUCUUCAUCAUCAUCGCCUUUCCUUUCGAACAAAUUCCAAACCAAUCCCAUGAGAAAUGCCACGAAUUCAAACCCUAACCCUAUUAACAACCAUGAUUACUCUAAGAGGAACACACAACAACUACAAGAAGAGGGAGAAGAAGAUCUCCUUCUAUCCCCAACAUCUAUAGUUGGAACUUGCCCUUUUAUGUGCCCUGUUGAGGAAAGGGUACAACGUGAGCGUUUAAGGGAUUUAUCCGUCUUUGAGAGACUAAAUGGAAGUCCUGUGAAAACAUCUCCUAGUCUUGCUGUGAAAAAGUUUUGCAGAACUAUAUCCACAAAAAAUGUGCAAGCUUCAGAUGUGCGGCCUCUUCCAGUUCUGGACGAUACUUUAAACUAUCUCUUAAACUUGUUGGAUACUAAGGAACAUCCCUUUGAAGUGGUACAUGACUUCAUCUUUGAUCGGACAAGGUCCAUAAGGCAAGAUCUUAGUAUGCAAAAUAUUAUCAACAAUCGAGUAAUCCAGAUGUUUGAGAAAAUGGUUAAAUUUCAUGUCAUAUCGCACCACAAGCUUCGAAGAUGUAGUAACAGUCCAAAUAUUUCUUCAAAGUAUUAUCUCAACAUGGAACAGCUUACGAAGGCUCUGACUUCUCUAUAUCAUCUUUAUGAAGCAAAUCGAAAUAUCCAGUCCAUUUAUGAGAAUGAAGCUGAAUUCCGUUCACUUUACGUGCUUCUUCAUCUUGGUUGUGACAACAAGCCAAUGGGGGAGUCACUGUCAUUCUGGUUUUGUCAUGUUGCUUCUCCCAUUAUAAAAUCAAAGGAAAUGUGUUUCGCCCGAAUAGUUUUAAGGUAGCAUUAAAAUUAUGGGAAAUUCAGAUUUAUCA